UCUCCGCCCGCCCCCGAGAGACUGAGCGAGCGGCGAGAUUGCGGGCGAGAAACGCGGAGCCGAGGCACCGAGGAGCUGGGGAGCGCAGCGCGGCCCGAGGCGGGAGCGGCCCCGCGUCCGGAGCGCGCCGGAGGGGCCGAGCUGCCCGCGCAGCGCCCGCCGCGGGCAGCGCAGCCCCGGCCGCAGACUCUCGCCCAGGGGUUGCAGAGGGAGCUGCUCUGGCGCUGACCCAGCACAGAAAACCAUCAGGGUGACCUUGAGCCGCAAAACUGCUGUCCACUUGGACCAGGGCUGACAUCACACGUCCGUCUGCCAGGACCCCUGCGUCCAAACUCCGAGACAUGGCGACCAAUGGCAGCAAGGUGGCCGAUGGGCAGAUCUCCACGGAGGUCAGCGAGGUCCCCGUGGCCAAUGACAAGCCCAAAACACUGGUGGUCAAGGUGCAGAAAAAGGCGGCGGACCUUCCAGACCGGGACACAUGGAAGGGCCGCUUCGACUUCCUCAUGUCCUGCGUGGGCUACGCCAUCGGGCUGGGCAACGUCUGGAGGUUCCCAUAUCUCUGCGGGAAAAACGGUGGCGGGGCCUUCCUGAUCCCCUACUUCUUGACGCUCAUCUUUGCGGGGGUCCCGCUCUUCCUGCUGGAGUGCUCCCUGGGCCAGUACACGUCCAUCGGGGGCCUGGGGGUGUGGAAGCUGGCCCCCAUGUUCAAGGGUGUGGGCCUUGCCGCUGCUGUGCUGUCGUUCUGGCUGAACAUCUACUACAUUGUCAUCAUCUCUUGGGCCAUCUACUACCUGUACAAUUCCUUCACCACAACGCUGCCGUGGAAACAGUGUGACAACCCCUGGAACACAGACCGCUGCUUCUCCAACUACAGCAUCGUCAACACCAGCACCAUGACCAGCGCCGUGGUGGAGUUCUGGGAGCGCAACAUGCAUCAGAUGACAGACGGGCUGGAUAAGCCAGGUCAAAUCCGCUGGCCUCUGGCCAUCACCCUGGCCAUCGCCUGGAUCCUUGUGUAUUUCUGUAUCUGGAAGGGUGUUGGCUGGACUGGAAAGGUGGUCUACUUCUCUGCCACGUAUCCCUACAUCAUGCUGAUCAUCCUGUUCUUCCGCGGAGUGACGCUCCCCGGGGCCAAGGAGGGCAUCCUCUUCUACAUCACGCCCAACUUCCGCAAGCUGUCGGACUCUGAGGUGUGGCUGGAUGCAGCUACCCAGAUCUUUUUCUCUUAUGGGCUGGGCCUGGGAUCCCUGAUCGCUCUAGGCAGCUACAACUCUUUCCACAACAACGUCUACAGGGACUCCGUCAUCGUCUGCUGCAUCAAUUCCUGCACCAGCAUGUUCGCAGGAUUUGUUAUCUUCUCCAUCGUGGGCUUCAUGGCCCACGUCACCAAGAGGUCCAUUGCUGAUGUGGCGGCCUCAGGCCCUGGGCUGGCGUUCCUGGCAUAUCCGGAGGCGGUGACACAGCUGCCCAUCUCUCCCCUCUGGGCCAUCCUCUUCUUCUCCAUGCUGCUCAUGCUGGGCAUUGACAGCCAGUUCUGCACCGUGGAAGGCUUCAUCACUGCCCUGGUGGAUGAGUACCCCAGGCUGCUCCGCAACCGCAGGGAGCUCUUCAUUGCCGCCGUCUGCAUCGUCUCCUACCUGAUCGGCCUGUCUAACAUCACCCAGGGGGGCAUUUAUGUCUUCAAACUCUUCGAUUACUACUCCGCCAGUGGCAUGAGCCUGCUGUUCCUCGUGUUCUUUGAAUGUGUCUCCAUUUCCUGGUUUUAUGGUGUCAACCGAUUCUAUGACAACAUCCAAGAGAUGGUUGGCUCCAGGCCCUGCAUCUGGUGGAAGCUCUGCUGGUCCUUCUUCACCCCCAUCAUUGUGGCGGGUGUGUUCAUUUUCAGUGCUGUGCAGAUGACCCCUCUCACCAUGGGAAGCUACGUUUUUCCCAAGUGGGGCCAGGGUGUGGGCUGGCUCAUGGCCCUGUCUUCCAUGGUCCUCAUCCCGGGGUACAUGGCCUACAUGUUCCUCACCUUAAAGGGCUCCCUGAAGCAGCGCAUCCAGGUCAUGAUCCAGCCCAGCGAAGACAUUGUCCGCCCCGAGAAUGGUCCAGAGCAGCCCCAGGCCAGCGGCUCCGCCAGCAAAGAGGCCUACAUCUAGGGGUGCAGGGCGGCUCGCCCACCCACACUCUCACCCCGACCCUGGCUGCACACGACCACCACUUGAUGUCUGAAGAUACCGUCUAUCUCAACCUACCUCGAGUGGCGAGUCCAGACACCAUCACCACGCAAAGAGAGGGAGGUGGGGACAGUCACACCCCCGUGGGCCCCGCCGUGGGCAAAGAAGAUGCCCGAUGGCUCCAGCACCUGCGGGCUGGUGACCUUUUUAAUCUGGGCCCCAUCAGCAUCAAGCAGUUCGGCCUGUGUGACCGCUGUGAUAGAUCAUUUUUAUCCCGCCAGCGAGUGUGAUGUGGAGAGGCCGCACACUCCUGGCUUUUAGUUGUAUUCCUGACUGUUCUCUUACUGCCGAAACCCAUGACUGUUAUCUCGGACUUGGCAGGAGUUCGGUUCCGUCGGAACACUGCUCUGUGCACAUGAAAAGGGCAUUUUGUAUAAUGGACAUUUCCAGGGAGAGCUCACUCUUAAGAGCAGAGAGCCAGCAGAGCUCUUUCAUUUUUUGGUUUUCUCCUUCCCGAGGCAGCUUGACAACCCCCAGCCCCUUCGGUAUUCCCAGAACUGUUUUCUCAAGCACUCCGCCCAGUGUCCUGUUUCCCUGCCGCCGGCGGAAUGAGCAUCUGUGCACUAAGCUUUCCUGGCCCCCCCGCCCCCCCACUUCUCACCACGCCAUUCUGAUUGCGCCUGGCCCAACAGCGAUCGCUCCCGAUGGGCGCUGCUCCUCGGAAAACUGCCACAAGCACAACUGAUUUUUUUAAUCACCAUUCCGGCGACCUCAGAUCCCGCUGGGGAAAUUCCCUAAUCAGGAGCCCCAGUUUCUCCUAGGCUGCCCGGCUUUGCAGAGCACCGAACAGUUGCAGAGGAAAUCAAAGUGAGGCUCCGUCCUUGAGGCAAAGUGGAUCCAGCGAUCUUUCUGUCUCCUUCUUAAAACGUCUCCCUCACUGCAACCCCAGUCAAGGCUGCUGCCCUCUCCCCUUCCCUGAAGUCCCCCAGUGAGAAUCUCCUCACUGCCACUAAAACCUGCCAGCCCAGUAAAUGAGGAGCUAGUGUUAAUCCAGACCUGCCCCGCCACGUGCUUCCGAGAUUAAAGCUGCUUCGUUGGGAAGUAGUAUUUGUUCCGUUCCAGAACUGGGCUCCACAGUGGUGGCAGCAAAUCGGGUGAAGACAGUUUCUUGCAAGCUCCAGCAACUCAGCGCUUCUCAUUUGCCAGGAACAUGGGUUCCCAUGUAGCAAAUCGUAUGUUGUGCCCUGUACUCCUUAGCUAGUUAACUCACGAGUUGUGUUUUACGACUAAUCCUUAAUAACUAUGGUAAAUAACUGUGACUGUGGGUCUUUUAAUCUGUCAUCCUCGUCCAGAAGUGACCAGCAUACCAGUUCUUGCAAUAAGGUAUUACCCUCAGAAUAUUAAGCACAUUCUUGUAGAGAAAAAACAAAAAGUCUGUGUACACAUAUAAAUGCACACAUAUGUACAUUCCUCCUCAUGCUUGGUACAUAGGGUCUCAUUUGAUAUUGUGUAGGAAAUCUAAAAGCUUUUCCUGAAGUCAUCUGUAAAAUAGUCUCAUUACUAAGGCAUCCCAAAUGCCAACUGGUGAAUCCAGGAUCAAAAUGCAUAUGUAUUGUUAAAUUAUAGGGUUUAGAACAAAAGGAACCCUUCACUGUGUCUCAUGGUCCCACCCCCCAUCCUUUGUGUGAAUUCCUUUAGAAUAAGGGCAGGAAGACUUCUAACUUUCUCUUUGUUCUUCAUUCUGAAACUAAGAACAAGUCUUUCGAAGACAAAUGCAGCAUAUUUAAUGUUUGUAAUCAAAUCUAAGUGAGAUGUUUGGCACGAAAUCCCUUAACUGAUUUCCAUCCAAACCUACUUAUAUAGCACAAUAUUAUGUGUCGUACAAUUACUGUGAGAACUGUGAAUAUGUGUAACUUUUUUUAGUAUUUGCCCUGGGGAGGGAAAGAUAUUGUAUUAUCAUAUAUGCUUUUUUUUGCAAUAAGGAUUUAUUCUCAGAACACCAAGUAAAUCUAUCUCUAUAUUAAAAAAUAUAUGUAAUAUAUACAUAUUCAAACUAUAUACAGAGCCUGUUUUAAAAAAAAUUACAGUAUUAUUUAGUAAAAUUAUCUGUUCUAUGGACCAAAUGUAAAAUAUUUAUACAUGAAGAUGCAUUUUAAAUGUCUAUAAAUGGUGUUAUAACUAGAGCACGGGCGUUAUGUACGUUUCUAAGAAUAUAGAGGAAAAAUAAUAAAGGUUCUAUGAUAUCCAA